AUGGACUUCAUCACAGAUUUACCUACAUUUCAGGAAUUCGAUUCUAUACUUGUUGUGGUUGACCAAUUGACUAAAAUGGCGCAUUUUGUCACGUGCAUCAAAGACAUUAACGCUGAGCAAACAGCGCAAUUAGUUCUAAGAAAAGUAAUACAGCUUCACAGAAUUCCCAAAGAUAUUACCUCAGAUAGGGAGCCCCAAUUUGCUUCUAAAUUCUGGAGUCACCUUUUCCACUUACUUGGCACCAAAAUCAACCUAUCUUCAGCUUACCACCCUCAGUUGGAUAGACAAAGUGAAAGAGUUAACCAGGCAGACCUACUUCCACUAGCUAAAUUCGUCUACAACAAUUUGGUCCACGCCUCCACCAAAUUCACACCCUUUUUUGCCAAUUAUGGGUUCCAUUCUCACUUCGACUUACAAACACCAUUCCAUUCUUCGGUACCUUUGGUGGAAGAUAAAGCCACUCAUCUACUGCAAAUAAAAGAAACACUUAUUAGUAAACUGAAAGUAGCUCAAGACUAUUAUAAAUCCAAUGCAAACCGAAAAUGCCUAGAAAGUCCCAACUUCAAAGUGGAAAUAAUCAAUCCCGUAGCAUAUCAUUUAACAUUACCUCCUACAUCCAAACUGCAUAACAUCUUUCACGUCUCUUUGCUAGAACCAUACAUAACUAAUUCAUUUCCAGGUAGAUCAUUGGAACCACCACCUUCUAUAACAUUUGAAAAUACAACCGAUAUGAAUUAUGACAUCAAUGAGCGAUUCUGGGAACCCGUGGAGAAUGUAGCCAAUGCCCAGGAAGCUGUUGAAGUCUUUUACCAACGCUAUCCUGAUAAACCAGGGCAAAGAAAGUCGAAGCACAAAGCCAAAAGUUCAAAGGAAGGACCAUUAAGGGGGAGAUGGUGUAACAACCAAGCCCCAAAUCUGCAAGCCUAUGAAACUGCUAUGUCUUUUAAUAUAUCAAGUAAUACUACAAUUGAACAACAAGAUAACAAUGAAAAUAAUAGUGAAAAUAAUGAUAAAAGAGAUGGUAAAACUGAUAGUAAAAAUAAUGUAGAUGAAGAAGACAUGAAUAAAAAUAAAAGUAGAUUAGUUUAUAGUGAUUACUAUGAAGAAAGCAAAGAUUUAAUGAUCAUUCAAGAUUGGAGUUAA